ACAAACACGAACACCUAGACACUCUCUGUUGGCGAGAGUGAAAGGAGAGGGUCACUUUUCCCCCUAUGGCGUGCAUUUGGUAAAGCCUAUUCGACCGCACCGUAGGAGAGCAAUUGUUUUCAUAUAGGCAAGCAGGCAACAAGGGGGAUAAACAUGGCUUCAAGUACAUUGCACUUGUGCUUUUUGGCACUGUUUUCUGCGGCUCAGACGGGCUACGGAUUUAACAUUGAUGUCCGAUUUCCUGUGAUCAAAGAAGGCAAAACCAAAGACAGCUUAUUUGGAUUUUCCGUCGCGCAACACAAGCAGAUGCAGAACCCAAAGCAGUACCUGCUCCUGAUUGGUGCUCCUAAAGAGCGGGCGUUCCCCCAGCUGAAGCCGAUGGCGAAUGAGACGGGCGCCAUCUACACGUGCCCCGUCAGCACCGACCCCACCGACUGCACCCGCAUGGACCUCGUCAGCUCCACGGACUCCAGUGAGAUCGUGGAGGGCAUGUGGCUGGGGGUGUCGGUGUCCAGCCAGAGACGGAUAAAAGAAGGACGCGUGCUGGCAUGCGGGCAUCGCUACAUCAAGAGCUACGGCGCGGACGGCCAGCGGAGCAUGGUGGGCAAGUGCUACGUGCGCGGGAACGACCUGACCUACGACACGGCGGACGAGUGGCAGACGCACACCUACGAGGCGUGCAGCCCCUUCGACCUCGACCAGGAGGGCCUGUGCAACAUGGGCAUCUCGGCCGGAAUGACCGACACCGACGUGUACAUGGGAGCAGUGGGCAGCUUCACCUGGCAAGGAAACGUCCAUGUGACGUGGAGGGACACUAACCCUCUCAACUCGUGGGACUACAGUGACAAGGACUUCGGCAAGAUGGAGAAGAAAUCCUACGACUACAUGGGCUACUCGGUGGUGGAGGAGGCCAAGCUGCUGAGUCGUGACGAGGACACGCUGGUGACGGGGGCUCCGCGCGAGGCCGAGUCGGGCGCCAUCACGCUGGCCAAGAAGGGCGACGCCAAUCUGGUCCCCGUGGCAACCAUCACCGGGCAGCAGCUGGGCUCCUACUUUGGCAGCAGCAUCGCCGUGACGGACCUCAACAACGACGACUGGAACGAUCUGAUCAUCGGCGCUCCGUUCUACUUCGACCGCAAGGAGGAGAAGGGUGGGGCCGUGUACGUGUACAUGAACGAGAACGGAAGCUUCCAGAAGAAUCCCAGCGUGGUGUUAUACGGCACCACCAACUCAGCGUUCGGCAUCGCCGUGGCUGCCAUCGGCGAUGUCAAUCAAGACGGGUUCCAAGACUUUGCUGUGGGGGCACCCUUUGAGGGAUCGGGAAAGGUCUACAUAUGGAUGGGAAGUAUGAAGGGCAUCUCACCAGAGCCAAGUCAGGUGAUUGAGGGUAAUGACGUGGGCACUAAAGGCUUCAAGACAUUCGGUUAUUCUUUGAGCGGCGGUCUGGACAUGGAUGACAACAUGUACCCUGAUAUCCUAGUGGGCUCACUGGAUGACCGCAUUGCCCUCCUGAGGGCACGGCCAGUGAUUCAUCUCUCCACAGACUUUUCUGUCAAGCCAGAGAUUGUUGACUCAAGCCAGUGUGGAGACCCUUGCAUACAGGUGAAGAUUUGCUUCUCGUUCACCCUCAGCAAUGGAAACAAGCAAAUCACAAAGGACAUUACUGUGAAGUACACCGUGGAGGCCGAUAUUGACCGGCGGAGCCCGCGUGUGCGUUUCGUGGACACGGGCCUGGACACCCACAGCGACCAGGUGUCCCUGUCCUCACGUAAAUGUGUCGAGCUGGGACUCAGCGUGAUCGAGCCUGUGGUGGACAAACUUCAGCCGGUGGUGUUCUCGCUGAACGUGUCCCUGCAGGAGCAGAAGGUCAAGGUGCGGCCGAAGCUGCAGAACCUGGACGCGUUCCCCAUCCUGAGCGACAAACAGGUCCUGAGAGAGAGGACUGAGAUUAAUUUCCAGAAGGAGUGUGGCUCUGAUAACCGCUGCACCAGCAACCUGAAGCUGAAAGCACAUUAUGCCAAUGAAAGAUUCAUACCUUUCACAUGGGACGGGGCCCAGCAGGUGAUGAAGUACGACAGUAACGUGAAGAAGUUGGUGCUGGUUGUGCACGUGACCAACAACCCCGAGCCUGGCCGCGAGGCAGAGGACGCCCACCUGGCCUCCGUCAACGUCACCUUCCCCCCAACGCUGCAGUACUCCGGCGUGCGCUCCCAGGACCCUGCUGUGGAGUGCCAUGCAGAGGAGUCCUUGAUCUUCGUCAAUUGUGAUCUGGGUAACCCACUCCAGAGUAAUGAAGAGGUUGCUUUGCAGCUCAUUUUUGAGACGGCCGGCGUCAACCUGUUCACCGAGGAGAUCGAGUUCCAGCUGCAACUGGACACCUUAAGUUACCAGUCAGACUUGGAUCCAGUAGCAUUUCCUCUACGUGUGGAAAAUACUAUCCUGGCCUCCUUCUCCAUAGAGCCUCCUGUUGUGCACACGUACUUCAGCGGAGAUGUGAUGGGGGAAUCAGCCAUGAACAGCACCAGUGACGUGGGCAGUCUGGUAGAGUACACAUUCAAGGUUGGGGUAGUUGGCGAGCCACUGGGGAGUUUGGGAACUCUGGUCCUGGAGUUUGAGUGGCCGUUUGAGGUGAUCAACGGCAAGUGGUUGCUUUACCUGACGGAGAUCGUCACCAAGGGAACGUCGGAGACUCACUGCGUCCCUCCGGGUGAUGUGGUGAACCUGCUCAACCUUACUCUGUCUGAUGAGCGCUCCAGGCGCCAGAGGAGAGAUGCCCACAGAGAGGCGUACAGUGAGCCUCCCGUGGAGGCAGCUGUGUCCAUACUCACCCCCCGCAAGGAGACCUACCUGCUGGAGUGUUCCAAAGGGACUGCACGUUGUGUCACGUUCUCCUGUCCUUUGCUCAACAUGUCCACCUACGCAGAGGUCAUCGUAAGGUCACGUGUCUGGAACAGCACUAUGUUGGAGGACUACAGUAAUGCACUCAGGGUGAAGGUCAAGGGCGAGGUGACAUUGAACCUUAUAACGGACAAACCCACCAUCAAGAUGGACAGUCAGAGCAGAGAGUUCCAUGUGAACAUCGACCCAGUUCUUGCGGAGGAGGCGCCAUAUGAGGUUCCGUUUUGGAUCUUCAUCAUCGCGGGCGCAGCAGGAGUUCUUCUACUGAGCAUCAUCAUCUUCGUCCUGUGGAAGUGCGGUUUCUUCAGGCGGGCGAGUCGACGGGAGAUGUACGAGGCGAAGUCGCAGAAGGCCGAGAUGAAGAUCCAGCCCUCAGAGACAGAGAGGCUGACGGACGACUACUAACGCCCCCCUCCCGACAAAAACACCCAGGGGAGGGGGGCACCCCCCCAGGCACACAUUACUCAGGUUCCUCGUGUGGCUUCUUCAAGAGGGCCGUCUACUACAGGAUAAUGCCAAAGUACAAAGGAGUGAAGAUCCGCCAGGAGGAACGCUACAAGUUUAAGGCCCUUCAGGCACAGGAGGUCCACAAGAAGCUCUGGGUCACCAGCUGGACUGAGACGCCGACUUACUACUACUGACCUUUGGCCUUUGACCUUUUGAACCUUUUGAGCCCUCCCACUAAAUCCUGAGGAGAGACGUGGGGAUUGGCAAAUGGAUAUUACUGUCCAUGCCUCCUCCUCGGAUGGGGCUGGUGGCGGGAUGAGGUUGGGUGGUGAUUGGGUUUGCCUGCUGUCACUCAGAGACCCUGACCAAUUAACACUCCUCUCUUUUACACAUGGAUUUAUUUUUUAGUGAUUUCAUCAAAUGGCAUUGUGCAAUAUCAAGUUAUUCUGCUUUUUGCUGCCUUAAAUCUUUUUUUCUUUUUUGUCACCGCUCCGCAAGCGCAAAUGAGCAGAACACUGGCAGGUCAGAAGAGUCCUACCCAUUCCCCAUAUCAGGCUCUUCUUCGACACGCAUAAUUGGAUUCUGGUUAUGUGCCAGUUAUCAAGAAAGACUUUUGCAUGUACAUAUUUUGUCCCGAAUGCAUUCACCUGUGCCUAUUAUAGCACUAACAUUACUUUGCUAUAUAUUUUGUCUCUUUUUUUUUUUUACAAAUUGUGAGUCAAAAAUUGUGGACUGAUUGUUGUGUUCUUAUGAAUUGUUGGCAAGAUAAUACCAUCAACGCAAAUACUGUUCUGAACUUUGACAUGCAGACACCUGAAUGGGUUAAUCUAAUGUACAGUACAUGGAUACUACAAUUAUUCAUACGACCAUACAUGCGCGGGCACACAGCAUAGACAUAUCCCAUUCAUAUCCCACCUCUUCUGCAAAAAUACACUCAAAAUGGCGGCAGACUCAAAUAAGAUGUAAAUGUUUUCAGAGAUGACCUUUAUGGAUGUGGAGCAGCAUGGACUAUUUUUGCUAUAACAUUGAGAUCUUUGCUUCCAUUGCUUGUAUCUUUUGUUUGCUUCAAGCUUUUGUAUCGGUGAUGUUUUGUAGAGGCAGAGGCACAUGGGGGCAAUUGCUCUGUCGCUAGUUUGGAGUUUAACACGGUUUUAAACUCCAACUCCCCACUCCAGUUUAAAACCGUGUUAAACUCCAAACUAGCGACAGAGCAAUUGCCCCAUGCUGCCUGAAUUGGUCCCUUUUCCAUAGAUCUGGAAAAUGAACAUCCCAAAACUUUGUCAAGAAAAUAGUUUUAUUUACUAUUGCAUGAAAUACAUUUUUUGCGGUACAUGCUCUGUUCUGGGGGCCCCGGGCCCUUCCAUGUUCAAACAUGGAAAGCCCAAGGCAGGGAGAGCAGCAAUAAACCCCCCAUGGGGUACAGAACAGAACAAACAUCAAUGACAAGACAUUGAUAAGUCGGAAGUAUGAGAGGGUUAAGGGAAAGAGGUGGGUGGCAGAAAGCUGCAGAAAAAGCAGUUGGCAGCAUGAUUGGCAAAGGCAGUUUAAAUAAGUGCUCUGAAUGAUAGGUAGAUAGAUAGAUAGAUACUUUAUUGAUCCCCAAGGGGAAAUUCAAGAUCUCAUCCAAUGAAAGCAGGGCUUGGCCGGUUGGCACUCAGCUGGCGAUCAGCUGAGAGGUUAGAUUGACGGUCAGCUGAGCCAUCCAGGGAAGCUAGCGAGACUCCGUGACCUGCCUUAACUAACGCUGUGCUCCAUUUGACACCAUAUAUUAGGCUACGUAUAUCUAGUUACGGAGUAGACUGCAAAUAAGCUAAUUACCCAAAACAUUGUCGUGUUCCUUUAAAGGACUCGUCUAGAAUGUCCCUGAAUGUCACUGUGAGUUUUAAGGGGUAUGGGAGAGAAUCAUCCAAUAGCAUAAAACAGUCUCAGUUUGCCUGAUGCAUGAACUAUUAUCUGUGGAAGGGAAUCCUCUUUUGUAAAGAGAGAGUCGCAACACUGGAGUAAAAGAACUGUAAACAUGUAUGCGGGCUGACACAGAAACAAUCUCUACAGUUGCUUUAUUUGAAAUAAAUAUUCAGUUGCAUUUUUUCCAGUGCUUUUUUGUUUGUUAUUGUUAUAUGUUUUAACCAUCUUCACAUGUUAUGCCCAUGCCCUGUCAAACUACAUGAGCGGCUUCUUAUACCUGCUGACCGCUAUACAGUCGAACACAGGAAUCGCUACAGUCAUCCAACCACUAGGGGGCACUGGUCUGCAGUUGUGUGGGGAUGGGGGUGGGGGUUAGUCAUAGAUUGUAAGGAGUAAGGGUAAGAGAAUACACAAAGUUACCUGAACGGUUCAAUUUUAUACCUUGUUGUUGUUUCAGUGUCAAUAAAAUGUUUUGAUGAAA